AUGUCUAACUUCCACCACACCUGCGAGAUCCCCAGCAUCCGCAUCGACGAUGGCCACAUCCUCCGGUGCCGUGUUGCCCGGGAGGACGGCGAGUACGUUGAUGCCGACAUCGACCUGAACUCGUGCAUCGGCAAUGACAACGGCCACUUCGCUUGGGGAGGCCAGAACUUCUCCGAGACCGCUGAGGAUGUUCGCUUCCACAUUGAGGGCGACAACCAGCCCAUCCUGCGUGCCAGGCUCCAGACUAUCGAGGGCGAGUAUGAGGACCGGGACAUCAACCUGACCGAGAGGAUCAUGAACCGUGAUGGAAACCUCUGCUUCGAGAACUAA